AUGGACACCACUUCGCAACAAGGUGCCAGUACUUCUGUCGGUACGUCGCAGGAAGAGCGGGACCGCAGCGUGUUGCGUCUCGCUUCUGAAAAAAAAGCAUGGCUGCCUCCAAUGUCAGUCAUGGAUCGCUUGUCGGUGACGACAAGUGAUCGCUAUCGAACACAAUUGUUCGAUUCAUCAAGGAUUCAUCACCUUGAUCCCAGUGCGAAAGGCUAUCACACUGAGCAUGAAUUCUUCAUCGAUGCUUUCUUUAGACAUCGAUGGUACAGUGGGAAUCACAAGCGUGAUGGUCCCUCGCUACUUCAGGCGUGGAACGCCUACAUCCAUAGCCUCGAGGAUGUAGGUCGUGACGCUUGGAACGACAAACUUAUCAAAGCUCGUGAUAAGUUUGAAAAGCGAACCCCGACAGGUGCACGCUACAAGCUGCAUCGUCUGUCAAGGGAGAAGGGAUUACCCUGCCUCUCUUGGGGAGACUCGUGCCCAUGUUGUGUGAACAACUCUGCACGAGCACCUAAGGAGGCUUACCUCCUUACCAGCCCGUGGUGGCGCGUACGUGUCUCUACUGAGAUGUACGAAGGGAUUGACAACCUGAAAUCCCUUUACGACCGUGCCGGGAAGACUUUCUCCGGCGGUCCUUCUGCGGCACAGGAUGUGCCGCGUCGUACUGCUCUACCAAACCCAGUACGUCAACCAUCAAUUGGGAGCGGGGCUCCCAAGAAUCCCAGGACGGGGGAUAGCCGCGCCACCGGACGAGAUAACUCGUCCGACGUCCGUUCACGUCGCGGUGGUUCAACAGCUGCUCAACUAGAUAGCGCUGGACACCGCGAGAGUCCUCUAAUGGAGGUGGAGGCUGAGGAAAGAAGCUCUCCACACGAUCGUGGGGAUCCGUGUGUUCCGAGAGCUUCUUUGAUCGCGUAA